AUGUCAUCUGAUUUAGCUUCUGAUUUAGGUUUUGAUCUAUCUUUGAAGAAGAAGAAGAAAGGAAAGAAGGUUGCCCCAGAAGGUCUUGAUGGUGCUGCUACCGAAGCUUCUUCUACUCCAACUGGUGAUGAAGAUGCAUUAUUCGCAGGUUUGAAGAAGAAGAAGAAGAAGUCAAAGACUUCCACUACUGGUGAUGAGACUGAAGAUGUUGAUGAUAUUACCGAAGCUUUAGGCGACUUAAAGUUAAAGAAGAAAAAGAAGAAGGCACCAGUAGCUGACGUGGACGAGUUCGAACAAGAAUUAGCUAAAGCUGGUGUUGUUGUCGAUGAAACCUCUAAUGAAGCUACUCCAGGUCAUGAAUCUUCCUUACAACAAGAUGUAGGUCUACCAUACGAUAAAUUAUUAUCAAGAUUUUUCAAUAUUUUAAGAACAAAUAAUCCAGAACUGGCUGGUGACAGAAGUGGUCCUAAAUUCAGAAUUCCACCACCAAUUUGUUUACGUGAUGGUAAGAAAACUAUAUUUAGCAAUAUCGAAGAUAUUUCCGAGAAACUACAAAGAUCUACAGACCAUUUGAUUCAAUAUCUAUUUGCAGAAUUAGGUACUUCUGGUUCCGUAGAUGGUCAAAAGAGAUUAGUUAUUAAAGGUAAGUUCCAGUCAAAGCAAAUGGAGAAUGUUUUAAGAAGAUAUAUUAUGGAAUACGUUACAUGUAAAACUUGUAAGAGUAUUAACACUGAAUUAAAGAAAGAACAAUCAAACAGAUUGUUCUUCUUAGUUUGUAAGAGUUGUGGUUCUACCAGAUCUGUUUCUUCCAUUAAGACCGGUUUCCAAGCUACCGUUGGUAAAAGAAAGAAGAUGUAA